AUGUCCACCUACGAAGUCGAGCACAACCUCUCAACAGACCCCUCAGCCCCAUCUGCCCAAUCCACAACUCGCCGCCGUCGCCCCGACCUCUCUACAUUCUUCGCAACCCUCUCCGAGAUCUCCCCCGAUGAGGCCCGCCACCGUCCCCAUGCCGUCCCUGUCCCCGGCGACAUCAGCGCAGCAUUCUACUCCCUCGCCGAAGCACUGAAUAUCAUGCGUCGCGAAGGAGGCGCAGACGAGUCCGCAGGGCCCAUUGACCCCGACAUGCGGAGCAUCCCCACGCUCAAUCCCGACGGCACGCCGAUUCGAGUGCACGGUGACGAUCUCCUGGCGCAGAUGAUCCAGACGCUGUUGCGGGAUGCGGAGACACCACCGACAGAGGUGGAGGGUGCUAGUGAGGAGUUCUGCGACAUGCUUGAUCGUGUCCCCCGCUCGUCGCUGAACCCGUCACAGUCGUGUCCUAUCUGCAGUAACCCGUUUCUGGAAGACAAGUACCCGCUUGUUGUGCAGUUACCGUGUCACCCGACGCAUCUGUUUGAUCUGGAGUGUGUAAGGCCUUGGUUGAGACUAAGGGGGACUUGCCCGCUUGAUCGGACGGAUUUCGCAAAGCAGGAGAGGGACAAGAUUGAAGAGAGGAAGAAGAUUGCCGAACAAGAUGACGAGGAGGAAUGGGAUGGGAUGUAUGGUUGA